UUUCCGGUUUCCGGCUUCCACUGCCUCCACGAUGAGCGGUUCGGUGAAGAAGCCCAGUACCCCGUCGGGCUUUCUGGACUGGAUGAGCGCCGCGUACCGCUUCGCCACCGACCGCAACGACUUCCGAAGGAACCUGAUGGUGAAUCUGGGUCUCUUUGCCGCUGGCAUCUGGGUGGCCAGGAACCUGUCGGACUUUGACCUGAUGGCUCCGCAGCCAGGUGCCUGAGCACACACUCCACAAUGCUGACGCUGCCGCUGCUGCAGGCCGCUAUGAGCGGAGCGCCCUGGUGAGGAGGACCAGCACUCCUGAGCACGAGGAAGAGGAGGAGCCUGCACCACGUUUCACCACAAUACAGCUUUCUAUUAACAAUAAAUGACGACUUAAUGAA